UGCGUGUCCCGUGGUUUCCCGUUCACUUCGUGAUAGCGGCGUAAGUUGGUUAACGCCAUCGCCGAAGAACUCUGUUGGACUUUCUCUCAUGACUACAAAAUGACGGUAGAUUUUCGAGAUUACUUUUGGGGAGAAAAACACAAUGGCUUUGACGUGCUGUAUCAUAACAUGAAAUAUGGCUAUGUGGCAGCAAAAGAGCUGGCAGAGUUCUUCCGCGAGAGGUCGGUGGUGGAGGAGACCCACUCCAAGUUGCUGUCCAAACUUGCACGGCAAGCAUCUAGCAGUUGUUCACUGGGCACCUUUGGGCCGCUAUGGACAGUGUUACGGGUCACGUCAGAGAAACUGGCUUCCUUACACGGCCAGAUGGUGUCGCAGCUGCAAGACUUGGUCAAGGAUGUACAACGUUACUAUGAGGAGCAGCAUAAGCAACACAAGCAAGUUAAAGAGGAAGAGGCACCUACGCUCGAGGUGGUUAAUGGUUUGCAGCACACGACCGUUGCACUGAUGAAAGCACACGACACUUACGUCACUCGAUGCAUCGAACUGGAACGGUUACGAAGGGAGGCUUCACCGAAGGACCUUGACAAGGCUGAAGCCAAGGCGAAAAAGGCAUGCGACGAGUACCGCCAGCUGGUAGAAAAGCACGGCACGGUGCGAGACGACUUCGAACGUCGCAUGGCCACAGCUUGCCAGCAUUUCCAGGGACUAGAAGAAGGCCACUUGAAGCACAUGAAGGAGUUCCUGGCAGGCUAUGCUCGUGUCAUGGAGAGCAACCACGCUCUCAUUGGCCAGGUGCACAUGGAGUUCCGUCAACAGUGUGACUCUCUGGACGUGGAAUCGUUGCUCAGGCAGUUCACCAUGUCCAAGCAGACUGGUUCUGAGAAGCCAGGUCCAGUGACUUUCGAAGAACCAGAGAUUGGCCUGCAGCUCACACCAACUUCAACGGCAGCACCCGGUUCCACACCAGACGGAACUCCGCAGUCAUCUGGCGGAGAGCCCCUGGUGGACGUGUCGACCCCCAAUGGUCCCUACGUGCCUCCUCCCCUGCCGGUCGUGACGGAGAGUGGAAAGGCUCAGCCCACAAAGAAAGAAGGGUUCUUGCGUACCAAAUGGGAAAGGCAAAAGGAGAAACGCAAACGAAAGAAAGAGAUGAACACCAAUAAGGACAACUUGGCCGCAAGUGGAGAAAUUUUCAGUUUAUUAACAAGGGUUCGAUCAUCGCAGGGAAAACCAUGCCCCCCACCGACAUUCCAGCCCGAAAACUCCUCGUCCCCCCUCGAAUCUGUCACGCGAAGGCUGUCCAUUGAACAGCCACGAGCAGCAGACGAUGACAGUUGUGCCUCUGUGGGCAGCCUGUCCUCCAUGCCCGUGACAGUCACUACAAGAGAACCUAAGGAAACUGCUAACCAGAGCGUGGAAAUUGACGACGAAGGCUACACUGUUCGACCCACCGACCAUCACAAAGAAAACGACAGGGACAGCUUCUACUCAAGUUCCGACGGCGACUCUGAUGACGAAGAUCGAGAGAAACGAAUACACAUUGAAAUCAAGCCACUCAGUAAUGGGACACCUAUGAGUGCAAGUGUAGACGAACUCAGAGCAACCAUCGGGUCAUUAGCAUUGUCUCCCAUUCCGCAACAUUCGAAUCGGAGGCCCGAAAUAUUACACUUCAGGCACAAGACACGACGAGCCUACAACAGCGCAACAUCAACUCCAGAUGAAGCACCAAAGCGAACGACAAAUCAUUCAAAAAGUAGCGCAGGCGGUGGCAGCGCCGGGGACUCUGACGUGCUAAGCUUGUUCCCCACCGACUCUAACACUUCAACUCCCACGGCUAAGCUUCCAAGUCCACUCAGCCUUGGCCCCAAUGAUUCCAGUGCGACAGCUUCGUCCACAGCCACAACUGCAAGUGCCCCAUGGGACAGAUAUGCAGCACUAAGUGAACUGUUCAGCGAUAAGGCAGUGAGUGAUUCUUCGACGGAAACUACAAAGUCCGGCGGAGAACCUAACGAACCUGUAGUAACGCCUACAGGGUUGCUUCCCUCUGCUGUGUUUCCACCAGGUCCAACAUUACCAAGACCUCCGUCGCGGAGAUCAGAGGCUGCACGUGGCCGCAUGUCUCCACUGCCAAUGAGCCGAACGGAAAGCGUGGGAAGCCUAAGCAACGACUUCAAGACGACACCAAUGCCUCUGGGAUCAUCGCGUGGGCCUUCACCACUCACCAUUGGCAUGUGCGACACCAUUCCUCUGGCAGUGGCUUUUCAAGAAGUUGUACAUGCACGUUUCUGUGGAACGGACGAAUCAAAGUGCCAAGUGAAGCUGCUGGGUGACAUGAAAGUGUCCUUUCCUGCUGGAAUAGUCAGCGUAUUAGCCAACAACCCGUCUCCUGCAGCGCUGACGUUCCGAGUCAGUGGCACCUCACGGUUUGACAAUAUACUGCCGAACAAGAACCUCGUCUCCUUGGAUCCAAUUCAGUCGACGGGCGACCGUUGUGUUUACGAGUUCAACAUGGGUAUGCUGACAGCGCUACUCCGCAAGCAGCAUGAGCAAACUCCGUCUGCCUCCUACUUCAACAUUGACAUUCUCAAGUACCACAUUCGAGCAGGUCCUGGAGCAAGGUCCGCACCUCUGCACCUGGUGGCCUACUGGAAGUGUCAGAGUGACACCACAGACCUCAAGGUGGACUAUGAGUACAACAGCAAAGCCCUGGUGCCUUCCCUGCCCACAGCUCAGGGUCUGACACCCCUCACAGGGGUUUGUAUGGGCAUUCAGGUGGAUGGUGGUGUGUCAGGGGUGCAGGCCAAGCCUUCCUGCGUAUGGAACAGCGAAACACAACGGGCGACGUGGCGACUGCCGGAGGCUCUGGGAUGCAACGCACGAGGGGGAUCCUUAUUAGCUCGCUUUGCCCUAAAAGAGGGGCCUUCCAACCCGAAGCCCCUGGAGGUACGAUUUGCUUGCGAAGGAGCUUCGCUAUCUGGUGCUGGCUUUGAGCUCGUUGGAGCAGGUUACAGAGUGUCUCUAGUCAAGAAGCAGGUCAUGUCAGGAAAGUAUAUAUGUGAGCCCUGAUAGGCAAGUUUUAGAGAGAGAGAGAGAGCAGUACCUCAUGUGCCUCGGAAGGACAGACUGCUAGUGCUUCCCCCGUGAAUAUAUAUACGUUAUAUGUAUAUUCUUCCACAAGACCACGGUGGUGGACCAACCGCCUCCUGCCCACAAAAGCACUAGCAGGAAGGUUUUUUCAUACAAAGACUGAAAAAAAAGUUUUAUGUUUUCCCGCUCCGAGGACUGGAAGUAGCAGAGUUGCAUCGCUGGUUCGAUGGUACUUCUUAUCUCCACUUCCGAGGCCUUCCUCCCGUUGUUGUCACAUGUUGGCUUUAACAUUGUUUCAGAACCACGCAUUAACUUAAUCCCGGUAAUCCUCUCGUCUUGUCAGCAGAUAUAAGAAAAGGAGUAAUCAAAAGCCAGCUUUGGUUUUGUCCACAAUGAGUAUUCACUGGUACCCUUGUGUUUCUCGGAGCCUGUAGUGCCUCUGGUAGGUCGAUCGAGCCCCAGCAGACUGUAUAUAAGAAGCGCAGAAUCUAUUUUUAACAUUUAUCUGCUUUUUUUUUUUCUCCACCCUCCCACCAAACCCCCACUGAUGCCUUUCAUGUUGGGAGUACAAUUGUCGAGAAUUUACUACUAUACCCCCCAACUUUCACCUUGUGUAUAUAGUGGGGACGUACAGUCAUUAAAGUGAAGUUGCUCCGUUU